UGAAACAGCUGCAGUUAACCAUGGCUCUGCAGCAGUUUGUGUGCUGCGUCACUGUGCUGAUCAUUUUCUUCUGCAAAGGUUGUGACUCACAGCAGCCCGCAUGUGGCAGCAGGGCUGUGAACAGCAGCUUCACAGGAGUUGGUGACGCUGCAGCAGGAAGUUGGCCCUGGUUCGCUGAUAUAAGAGUUGAUGGAGGGCCUUCAUUCAUUAAUGCUGGAUUUCUAGUUCUGCCUACCAGUUUUGGGUUUGGAGGGUCUCUGAUCAACGACCAGUGGGUGCUGACAGCUGCAUCCACCAUGUCACUGGAUUUCAGUAGCAGGGUGGUCUAUCUGGGCCGCAACAGCCGCUCAGGUCCAAACCCAAAUGAAGUGAAUCGCACAGUGGUAAACAUCACCUGCCAUCCUGGCUUCAACUCGUCGACUCGUGAGAACGACAUUUGUCUUCUGAAGCUGUCGGCUCCUGUCAAUUUCACAGACUACAUUCGGCCGAUCUGCUUAGCCUCACAAAACAGCACCUUCAACAAUGAGACCAGCAGCUGGACCAUCGGCUUUAAUUUCUUUGUAAUCAGCAAUAACCUGCAGGAGGCAAACGUACCAAUAGUGGGAAACAGUGAGUGCAAAGCCAGCAAUCCACGGGUCCCAGACAGCAUCAUCUGUACUGGAAGGAUAGAUUCAUGUUUGACUAGUUUUGGGGCACCACUGAUGACUCAGAGUGGAUCCGUCUGGCUGCAGAGUGGACUUCUCAUUGUGCUUGGAUGCUCUGGACGUCCUUCAACCUACACUCCUGUGUCCCAGUACCAGCAAUGGAUCAGCGACACAGUUACAGGGACACCACCAGGCUUUUUUACCUUCCCCUCCCCAGACAGUUCAUUACAAACCACCGCUCCUCCCACUGCUUCUCCCACUUCCCCUCCCACCGCUCCUCCCACCGCUCCUCCCACUUCCCCUCCCACCGCUCCUCCCACUGCUCCUCCCACCGCUCCUCCCACCGCUCCUCCCACUUCCCCGACAUGUGCGGGUGUGUUUUGCAGUGGUGAAAACCUGGGGCCCGUUCUUCGUACCUCGCUAAGUAGGUUAGCCGGAUUAGAUUGUUGACGAUUUCGCGUGA